CAAAUGCCGUUCUAGUUUCCAAUUUACUAGGGGGUCAUGGAGUUGGACGACGACACGAAAUGGCUGGAGUGGGUAGCUGAGCAGUUUGGAACCAUCGCUGGGGAAGAUCAAGAGAUCGACUUGGAAGAAUUCAAAACCGCCCUCAAGUCCUUUUUUGCCGAGAGGUUCUUUGCUUUGUUUGACGCCGAUGGAAGCGGCACCAUCACUUUGGAUGAACUCCUGGAGGCCUUGAAACUGCUUAUCCACGGGAGUGAAACAGACAAACUCCACUUCCUGUUCCAGGUUUACGAUGUGGACGGCAGCGGGUCCAUUGACUCUGACGAGCUACGCACCGUCUUAGAAUCCUGCCUGAAAGAGAGUUUGAUAUCUUUGCCGGAAGAGAAGCUCGAUGACCUCACAAGGGCCCUUUUUGAAUCUGCCGACGCUGACAACAGUGGAUCCAUCACCUUUGAAGAGCUGAGAAGGGAACUGGAACGGUUCCCAGAGGUCACGGAGAACUUAAGCAUAAGUGCCGCAAGCUGGUUGAAGCCCCACCGAGCUCCGAGGAAGAGUGGCAGGCCGCGAUACCUGAGCCCGGCCUACUGGCAGAACAACAGCAGCAAGCUUCUUUUCCUGGGCAGCUACGGCUGUGUGAAUAUCCUCCUCUUUGCCUUUGCUGCGCUGAUGCACGCUGGCUCCGGUGCCUGGAUGAUGCUGGCCAAGGGCUGCGGGCAGUGCCUGAACUUCAACUGCACGUUCGUCGUGGUGCCGAUGUUACGUCGAUGCCUAACGUGGCUUCGGGCCACCUGGGCCGCUGGGGUGCUGCCUCUAGACCAGAACAUCCUUCUACACCAACUGGUGGGCUACGUGGUGGCAGCUUUAACUGCCCUUCACACUGGGGCUCACGUGACCAACUUUGUGAGAAUGUCUCAGACCAAUGGCAGCUAUUGCCUUUGGGAAUACCUAUUCACAACCCGACCUGGGAUUGGCUGGAUCUACAGUACCGCCUCUCUCUCAGGCCUUCUCCUCCAGGUGCUGAUUGGCCUGAUGCUUAUCUGCUCCUGUCCCUUCAUCCGUAAGAGUGGCUACUUCGAGGUCUUCUAUUGGACCCACCUUUCUUAUAUCUUUGUCUGGGCUUUGUUAAUCGUCCACGGCCCUAAUUUCUGGAAGUGGUUUGUCGUGCCUGGAUCUCUGUUUCUCUUGGAGAAGAUUGUUGGUGUGGCGUUGAUGCACAUCAGAAGGCUGCACAUCGUGGAAAUCAGCCUCUUGCCCUCUAAGGUGACUCAUUUGGUGAUUGAGAGACCUCCGUUUUUCCACUACAAACCGGGUGACUAUGUCUACCUGAACAUCCCAGCGAUUGCCAAGUACGAGUGGCAUCCGUUUACCAUCAGCAGCGCUCCAGAGCAACCAGGGACAAUCUGGCUGCAUAUAAGGACCCUGGGGCAGUGGACCAAUCGGUUGUAUGAGUAUUUCAGUCGCCGUUGUGAACUUUCUAACAAUGAUCCUGACUGGCUAGCCAGAAAUCAAAGGAAGAAAGGCUGGUUGCAGAAACGGGUGCAGAAAUGUCUCCUGGGCUCCUCAGACUUGGACCUGUCUGUGGCCACCAAUGAAGAUGUGAUGAUUGAGACCUUGUCAUACACACCUACCGGAGGCCCCAGCUGGGGAACAGCAAGUACUGGUAUUGCUGGCCAGUGCAAAGAGGUUUCUGGCAAGCUGGACAACAAUCGGCAACACUGCGACAUCAAGUGCUACAUCGAUGGUCCUUACGGGACUCCCACACGGAGAAUCUUCACUUUGGAACAUGCAGUGCUGAUUGGGGCAGGCAUAGGGAUCACCCCGUUUGCGUCCAUUUUGCAAAGCGUCAUGUACAGGUAUCGCUGGAGACAGCAAAGCUCUUCCAGCCAGAGUGGCACCCAGAACCUUAAGAAUGAGGAAAUGAAGCUCCAAAAGGUUGACUUUAUCUGGAUCAAUCGGGACCAGAAGUCCUUUGAGUGGUUCGUCAGCCUUUUGACCCAGCUGGAAGUGGAGCAGGCCGAGACCGACCCCAGAGGCCGCUUCCUGGAGAUGCACUUGUACAUGACUUCUGCACUCAGCAAGAGCGACGUGAAGGCCAUCGGCCUCCAGAGGGCGCUAGAUCUGCUGGCCCAAAAGGAGAAGAGGGACUCCAUCACCGGCCUCAAGACCAGAACCCAGCCUGGACGCCCAGACUGGAACCAGGUUUUUCAGAAACUGGCCCUGGAGAGGAGAGGGAAAGUCCACGUCUUCUUCUGCGGCUCUCCGGCCCUCGCCAAGGUCAUCAAAGCCCACUGUGAGCAAUUCGGCUUCGGAUUCCUCAAAGAGCACUUUUAAGG